UUGCUGUCUGUAGAGAAAACAAACUGCGCGGCGGAUUGAAGUCGCAGCACGCGGAGCACUGACUCAGCCUGUUCCACUAACAGUCCACCGCACACUCGGGGAAUACCAGUGUUAUUUCUUCAGACAAAGAAGUUGCCCAGAGGCACACGACAUGACAAAGACACCUCCUGACCGACUAGGCAUCACGUUUGAGAUCGGUGCACCAUUGGAGGCUCGGGACAGCCUGAGGAACUGGUAUGCAGCCAACAUUGAGAAGAUCGAUUAUGACGAAGAGAAGAUCCUGGUCCACUACAAACAGUGGAGCCAUCGCUAUGAUGAGUGGUUUGAUUGGAGCAGCCCCUACCUGCGGGCUGUAGAGCGGAUCCAGCUCCGUAGGCAGGGCCUACAGGAGAGCAACAUGGCCUCGGGUUUUCACGUCAACCAGAGAGUUCUUGCCAGCUGGUCGGACUGCCGCUACUAUCCUGCUAAAAUCAUCUCCUGCAAUAAAGAUGAUUCUUACACUGUGAGGUUUUUUGAUGGUGUCGUCAAAACUGUAAAGGGAAUGAAAAUAAAGCCCAGUGGCAGGGAGAGCUCAACCAGCAAGCCUGGACCGCCAAACAGGAAGCGAGAAAGCAAGCCUGGGGUAAAGAAUCCAAAGUCCAAAGAGAACAGCAAGAACCACCACGAUGGAGAAAGUGACUCUGAAAAAGAGGACCGAAAGGUGACUGAGAAGUGCAGCAAAUCUCAGGAUGAUGGGGUGGAUGAAGACCAAGUGGCAGAGAGGGUGAAUGGGCAUGCUGAGCACGAGGAAAAGAUGUCCAAUGGAGACUCGAAGGCAGAAGCGCUGGAGAACGGAGGAGAAAAAGAGGACGUGACUGAGGUGAAGGAGCUUAAGGAGCUGACUGAAGAGAAAGAGGACAACGCUAAAGCACUUGAGAACGGAAUCUGUCAGAACGAAGGGGAAAAACCAGUAAAAGAACUGGAGAAAGAGACUAAUCUGGGCCAGAACAGGAGGGCGAGAGGCAAGCUGGCUGAAGAUGCAGAAAGGCCCAGUGUGCCAGAGCUAAGAAAAAGACGUGGGUCCCUAAGCCAAACACCGUCAUCCAAAAGAAGGAGAGCCAACACCACAGACAAAAACAUUCGAGCCCAGAUCAGACCUGCUCCACCCAAUUCUCUCCCAGACAACUUAAUUAAUAAGGAUGGUCUCAGUCAACCAAGUCAUCCAGAGACUCGGCCUAAUGGACAGACAGCAUCUUCACCUGAUCUUGCUACACUGCUCCAACGGCAAGCCCACCUACCAACCACCAAUAAGUACAGCAGAGAACCAUUGUACAGGGUGAUCAAAAACCAGCCACCACCCAUCCUCUCAAUCGAGCUGGACCAUAACCCCUUUAAAUGCCAGGUGUCCGGCUGCACCAAGUCCUUUCGGAAGGCGUCUCUGCUGCACUAUCACAUGAAGUAUUACCACUCGAAGUGUGAGCUGGGCCCAGCACACAACGCUCACACGUACACCGCAGAGCGGCAGGUCCAGGACACCCACACGCACUCCAACAGUCCACGAGGACGCCGCACCAUCUCUCUAUCACUAGACUCUUCAUCCCUGCUAAGUGACAGCAAGUCAAGUCACACUCCGUCUCCCCCUGCCACCAAUGGCAGCCAUCGUCAGCGCAGCUCCUCCCAAUGCGAAAGGAGCAAAGAGAACCUGCACGCCAACCGCGCGCUCCAUGACGACAGAGACUGGGUCGCUAUGGAAACAGAACGAAAGAAGCGGAGAGAAAGGAGGCAGAGAGACUUCUGUAUUAAGCCUAAAAAGAACAAAAAGAAGAAGAAGAAGUCCAAGUCAGGUGAGGACAGCUGCAGCGACUGGUCCACAGACAGCCCACUGUGGACCGAUGAGGAGUCAGAGGCAGGGCUCGACCUAAACACAACCCUCUCAGAGCAGGCCGGAGAGACGGUCACUCAUGAGUCGGAAAUAGUGCGGUGUGUGUGCGAGGUGCAGGAGGAGAACGACUUCAUGAUCCAGUGUGAUGAAUGCCUGUGCUGGCAGCAUGGCACCUGCAUGGGCCUGUAUGAGGACAGUGUCCCGGACACUUACAGUUGCUAUAUCUGCAGGGACCCACCAGCUCAGAGACAGAGUCAGCGCUACUGGUAUGAUAAGGACUGGUUAAGCAGUGGUCACAUGUACGGUCUGUCCUUCCUGGAGGAAAAUUACUCGCAGCAGAACGGCAAGAAAAUGACUGCCGCACACCAGCUCCUGGGUGACGUCCACCACGUGUUCGAGGUGAUCAACGGACUCCAACUCAAGAUGAGCAUCCUACAGGCGCAGGCUCACCCCGACCUGAAGCUGUGGCAACAGCCCUGGAUAUCCUCCGAUGGCUCGCUCAGGAAGGGGUCAGGACACUCUGGCGUAACCACACCCUCUCCCCCCUCGCCCCGCGAAGUGGAGUCCACCGACAGUGAAUCGGUCAGUCACAAACAGGCUGUACCGACCCACUGCUCCUUUCAGACGUCCUACAUCAGCAGCGAGCACUGUUACCAGAAGCCGCACGCGUAUUAUCCAGCUUUGGAGCAGCGUCUGGUUGUGGAGACUCGCAGCACUGAGGAGCUGUUGGAUUUCGAGGCACCACGCAAACUGCAGCUGAGCAACACUAAGGAGCUGGAGUGUCGCGUGCAGCUGCUGGCGGCUGAGAAGGAGAAGAGCUGCAUUCUUAAGGUAAAGGUGGAGGAGGACGACGACCCCGUGACCUGUGACAUCAAACCAGACCCUGACCUCCUGCUGCACCAGCAGUGGCAACUAAACCUGCUGGAUCACAUCGAUGCCGUGCAGGAUGAAGUCACCCACAGGAUGGACCUCAUAGAGAGGGAGCUGGACGUUUUGGAGAGCUGGCUGGACUACACAGGUGAGCUGGAGCCCCCGGACCCUAUGGCCCGCCUGCCCCAGCUGAAACACCGCAUCAGACAGCUCCUUACAGAUCUGGGAACGGUGCAGCAGAUCGCACUCUGCUCUUCAUCCACAUGAGGGUGUCGGAGCACGCAGAUCUACUCCCGAACCCUUACGACAGACUCAAACCUGAACUGAACCGAUACAGAAGAGGCAUUGCUACACCUGCUGCGGUGCUCCAGCUGGAUCUUGUCAGAGAGGAAACUCCAGACCCAAGGAACGAAGCCAGGACAGAAAAGCUGAACGGAAGUACUUGAAAGUAGCCUAUUGUACGUUAGUAGAUUUGAAUGUAUUUGAGAUAUGUGGUCCACAUUUGGCAGCGAUUACUGCCAUUUUUUAAGGACUGUAACAUCAAUGCCAAUUAAUGCAAGGAAUGUUAAUGGCAUUCUUGUUGAAAUUGAUUCUCGUAAGCACUUCAUUUGGUUCGAUGUUUAACAAACUUGUUUUGAUUUGUUGCAUUUCUUCAUCUCGUUGCUGAUAUUCUGCCAAUCACAGAACAUUUGCGGCCAAAAUGCACUGAUCAGCCAUAACAUUAAAACCACCUCCUUGUUUCUACACUCACUGUUUAUUUUAUCAGCUCCACUUACCAUGUAGAAGCACUUUGUAGUUCUACAAUUACUGAAGUGCUUUGUUAGCCCCCUUUCAUGCUGUUCUUCAAUGGUCAGGACCCCCACAGGAUCAUUCUCAGCACUGCAGUGACACUGACAUGGUGGUGGUGUGUUAGUGUGUGUUGUGCUGGUAUGAGUGGAUAAGACACAGCAAUGCUGAUGGAGUUUUUAAACACCUCACUGUCACUGCUGGACUGAGAAUAGUCCACCAACCAAAAAUAUCCAGCCAACAGUGCACCAUGGGCAGCGUCCUGUGACCACUGAUGAAGGUCUACAAGAUGACCGACUCAAACAGCAGCAAUAGAUGAGCGAUCGUCUCUGACUUUACAUCUGCAAGGUGAACCAACUAGGUAGGAGUGUCUAAUAGAGUGGACAGUGAGUGGACACAGUAUUUAAAAACUCCAGUGCUAACACACCACCACCAUGUCAGUGUCACUGCAGGGCUGAGAAUGAUCCACCAUCUAAAUAAUACCUGCUCUUUGGGGGUCCUGACCAUUGAAGUGGAGCUGAUAAAAUGGACAGUGAGUGUAGAAACAAGAAGGUGGUUUUAAUGUUAUGGCUGAUCGGUGUAUAUUUUCAUUUGAAUACUCCUGCAUUUCAUUUCUAUAUUUGUACUUAGUAGACAAUGGAAGUUGCCUAUGUGUAUGUUUAAUUCCCGUUUAAGACGAUUUUUGCUCAUUUGCAUUUUUUCCUUUGCAUCUGAUCAAAGCUGUAAUGAUACUAAGUGUGAGUAUUCAUACUAGUAAUAGUAAAAUCAUUUCUUGUAAAUUUUGUAAGCAUUUUCUUUUCGUUUACCUCGUUUUUCAACAUUAUUGCUUGUGUUUCCUGUAAAUGUGAUUGUCUUUACUGGCAGAUUUACCAAGCACAAAUUGUCACUUCAGUUUUUUUUGUGUUUUAAAGCCCUUAAACACUCUGUACGGUUAUAUUUCCUUUUUUUUGCUAUUUCUUUUCCUUUUUAGGGCAUCAGGUUGCCACUUUUUUAACUUAUUGCAACUUAGAAUUUAAGUUAUUAUUUUCUGCUGUCUUUUCCAUGCACUGUUUUCCAUGGAGAGUGUUUAAAAAUACAAGUAGUGUUUUAUAUCGGCUAAAUCGUUGACCAUGAUUUAGUCAUGGUGUUUCGGCGUCGGGGGAGCAGAUGGCCCCUCAGCGUGUAUUUGGCAAGAUAUAUAUAUAUAUAUAUAUAUAGAGAGAGAGAGAGAGAGAGAAUCCAUUGGUUUUGUUGUUUGGGUUUUUUAGCCCUUCAUUAUUUUUCUUUGAAUUUAUAACCUGUGCCUCAUUAAUUCAAGAUCAAUGAAACGCAAAUCAACAAAAUCAUUUGUCAUUUCUAAUACAAUCCAAUAUGUCAUGUAAAAUUAUGAAGUGUACACUUUAUAGUUCUCUAUGCUUUCUAAAUUGUCAUAGUGUAGUCUGUAUCUGCUACACAUUAUGUUCUCUGUGCAUUGUGUUGUGUCUCUGCCCUGCAAUUACAGUCACUGGAACUACAAUAAUCAGACAUGAAUGAUUUUGUUUUCCCUUUUUCAUGUAGAAGCCAUGUUUGUAUUUACUGCUUAAGUAAAUAUCCCUAAAUCUCCAAACUUUCAUGGAGGAAUUAUUUGUUAAGCAUAUUAAUGCAUACGCUGAAGCCAAGAGAAAUAAAAUGUACUUUCGGCUUUCA